GUGCAGCUCUCACUACUCGACACAGCACGACAACAGACACCAUGUCCGACGCAGCCUCCAAGAAGCUCUCGGAGGAGAUCGCACGGCUCGAGAUCGACCUCAAGACGCUUGAAGCCUCCUGCACCACAUCCGAAGCGGCCAAGAAAAUCGCCGAGUACUGCCAGAGUACGGCCGAUCCGUUCCUCGGAGAGAACGACAGCGGACCGAACCCGUGGCAACAGAGCGGUCAGGGCGGCGGCGGUUGUAGCAUUUUGUAGAACUAUCUACUUCGAUCCUCUAGAUGACUACACGUAGGCGAACACAGCGCAUGACGCAUACUGACAGUCUAUAUAAUAUACCUGGCUUCUCCAGCUA